AAGUACCAACAAAGGGGAUCCAUUUCACAUCGUCCGGGAUUUCGAAGGGAGUUCUUGCUUCAACAGUGAUUGAACGGAACUUCUUUUUUUCCGACGUUUAAACGCUUCUAGAUCGCCUUUGCUUUAAACUUCUGUAACUUAAAACAGAUUAUAUUUUCGUAAGAAAAACGAAAAAGCAGCCAAGAUGUCUACUUCUCAGAUCCGCCAGAACUACCACCGUGACUGCGAAGCCGCCGUCAACCGGAUGGCCAACAUGGAGCUGUACGCGCACUACACCUACAUGUCCAUGGCUUACUAUUUCGACCGGGACGAUGUUGCUCUGCCCGGUUUCUCGCACUUCUUCAAGGAGUGCAGUGAGGAGGAGCACGAGCAUGCGCGGAAGCUGCUCUCCUUCCAGAACAAGAGGGGUGGACGCAUCUUCCUGCAGGACAUCAAGAAGCCUGAGAGGGAUGAGUGGGCCAGUGGCCUGGAGGCAAUGCAGUGUGCCUUGGAGCUUGAGAAGAAAGUCAACCAGGCUCUGCUUGACCUGCAUAAGCUGGCCUCUGACAACACUGACCCCCAUUUCUGUGACUUCUUGGAGACUCACUACUUGAAUGAGCAAGUGGAGGCCAUCAAGAAGCUUGGAGACCACAUCACAAACCUGUCCAAGAUGGAUUCAGCCAACAACAAGAUGGCUGAAUACCUGUUUGACAAACAUACUUUGGGGAAAAGCAGUUAAAUGGAGCCAUUGGCUGUCUACCUAACUGAACCCUUGUCUAUAUUUGUGUUAUUGCCAGUGUGUUGAGAAUUGUCCUUCAGUUUUGGAUGACUUGUGGUGGUGACAUAAUACAAAAUUGUCAAUGGGUUCCUAACAUAAAGCAAGUUGCAGCAGCUUUUGGAUGGCUAAUAAACAUUUUGAGCUGAA